AUGGCCCUGUUUGUCCACCUCAAGACGGUUUCGGAGCUUCGGGGCAGGGGCGACCGGAUCGCCAAAGUGACUUUCCGAGGGCAGUCCUUCUACUCCCGGGUGCUGGAGAACCGUGAAGAUGUGGCUGACUUCGACGAGACCUUCCGGUGGCCAGUGGCCAGCAGCAUUGACAGCAAUGAGAUACUGGAGAUUCAGAUCUUCAACUAUAGCAAAGUCUUCAGCAACAAGCUGAUCGGGACCUUCCGCAUGGUGCUGCAGAAAGUGGUGGAGGAGAAGCGCGUGGAGGUGACCGACACACUGAUCGAUGACAACAAUGCUAUCAUCAAGACCAGCCUGUGCGUGGAGGUCCGAUAUCAGGCCACAGAUGGCACGGUGGGCUCCUGGGAUGAUGGAGACUUCCUGGGGGAUGAGUCCCUUCAUGAGGAAGAGAAGGACAGCCAGGAGACGGAUGGACUGCUCCCUGGCUCCCGCCCCAGCUCCCGGACACCAGGCGAGAAGAGCUUCCGGAGAGCUGGGAGAAGUGUGUUCUCCGCCAUGAAGCUCGGCAAGAACCGGUCCCACAAGGAGGAACCCCAAAGACAAGAUGAACCGGCCGUGCUGGAGAUGGAGGACCUUGACCGCUUGGCCGUUCGUCUGGGGGAUGGGCUGGACCCUGACUCUGUGUCUCUGGCCUCUGUCACAGCUCUCACCACCAAUGUCUCCAACAAACGAUCCAAGCCAGACAUUAAGAUGGUGCCAGGUGCCGGGCGGCCCGUGGAUUACCAGGUCAGCAUCACUGUGAUUGAGGCUCGGCAGCUCGUGGGCUUGAACAUGGACCCCGUGGUGUGCGUGGAGGUGGGCGACGACAAGAAGUACACAUCCAUGAAGGAGUCCACUAACUGCCCCUACUACAAUGAGUACUUCGUCUUCGACUUCCACGUCUCUCCGGACGUCAUGUUCGACAAGAUCAUCAAGAUCUCGGUGAUUCACUCCAAGAACCUGCUGCGAAGCGGUACCCUGGUGGGGUCCUUCAAGAUGGAUGUGGGAACUGUGUACUCCCAGCCUGAGCACCAGUUCCACCACAAGUGGGCCAUCCUGUCGGACCCCGACGACAUCUCCGCCGGGCUGAAGGGCUACGUGAAGUGUGACGUGGCCGUGGUGGGCAAGGGGGACAACAUCAAGACGCCCCACAAGGCCAACGAGACAGACGAGGAUGACAUUGAAGGGAACUUGCUGCUCCCCGAGGGGGUGCCCCCCGAACGCCAGUGGGCCCGGUUCUACGUGAAGAUUUACCGAGCAGAAGGGCUGCCCCGUAUGAACACCAGCCUCAUGGCCAACGUGAAGAAGGCGUUCAUCGGGGAGAACAAGGACCUUGUUGACCCCUACGUGCAAGUCUUCUUUGCCGGCCAGAAGGGCAAGACAUCAGUACAGAAAAGCAGCUAUGAGCCACUGUGGAAUGAGCAGGUCAUCUUUACAGACCUGUUCCCCCCACUCUGCAAGCGCAUGAAGGUGCAGAUCCGAGAUUCCGACAAGGUCAACGACGUGGCCAUCGGCACCCACUUCAUUGACCUGCGCAAGAUUUCUAAUGAUGGAGACAAAGGUCAGCAGCAGGAGACUGGCCUGAAGGGCCUGGGCAUCAGCUGCACGGGGAAAAUGGAAGAAUUCUUUCUAUUCGGAGCCUUCCUAGAGGCCUCAAUGAUCGACCGGAAAAAUGGAGACAAGCCAAUCACGUUUGAGGUGACCAUAGGCAACUAUGGGAAUGAAGUUGAUGGCCUGUCGCGGCCCCAGCGGCCUAGGCCCCGGAAGGAGCCUGGGGAUGAGGAAGAAGUAGAUCUGAUCCAGAACUCCAGUGAUGAAGAUGCCGGUGAGGGUGGGGACCUGGCCUCGGUGUCCUCGACUCCGCCCAUGCGGCCCCAGAUCACCGACAGGAACUACUUCCAUCUGCCCUACCUGGAGCGCAAGCCCUGCAUCUACAUCAAGAGCUGGUGGCCCGACCAGCGUCGCCGCCUCUACAACGCCAACAUCAUGGACCACAUCGCGGACAAGCUGGAAGAAGGCCUGAACGAUGUGCAGGAGAUGAUAAAGACAGAGAAGUCCUAUCCGGAGCGUCGCCUGCGGGGUGUUCUGGAGGAGCUCAGCUGUGGCUGCUACCGCUUCCUCUCCCUCGCUGACAAGGACCAGGGCCACUCGUCCCGCACCAGGCUGGACAGGGAGCGCCUCAAGUCCUGCAUGCGGGAGCUGGAGAGUAUGGGGCAGCAGGCCAAGACCUUGCGGGCACAGGUGAAGCGGCACACGGUGCGGGACAAGCUGAGGCUGUGCCAGAAUUUCCUGCAGAAACUGCGCUUCCUGGCAGACGAGGUGUGGCCCCCGUCAGCGCGCGGAGAGGGGGUGCCCGUCCCCUAAACCGGAGUGACUAGAGCGGAGAAGGGCUGACCCCACGCCCACCCCCAGCUGCCGGGCAAGCGGGGCUUCGGCUCCGUGGGCUGGACGGUGCAGGCCAAGCUGGAGCUCUACCUGUGGCUGGGCCUGAGCAAGCAGCGCAAGGACUUCCUGUGCGGCCUGCCCUGCGGCUUCGAGGAGGUCAAGGCAGCCCAGGGCCUGGGCCUGCACGCCUUCCCGCCCAUCAGCCUGGUCUACACCAAGAAGCAGGCGUUCCAGCUCCGGGCCCACAUGUACCAGGCUCGCAGCCUCUUCGCUGCCGACAGCAGCGGCCUCUCGGACCCCUUCGCCCGCGUCUUCUUCAUCAACCAGAGUCAGUGCACGGAGGUGCUGAAUGAGACCCUGUGCCCCACCUGGGACCAGAUGCUGGUGUUCGACAACCUGGAACUAUAUGGCGAAGCCCAUGAGUUGCGGGAUGACCCCCCCAUCAUCGUCAUCGAAAUCUACGACCAGGACACCAUGGGCAAAGCCGACUUCAUGGGCCGGACCUUCGCCAAGCCCCUGGUGAAGAUGGCGGACGAGGCGUACUGUCCACCCCGCUUCCCACCCCAGCUCGAGUACUACCAGAUCUACCGCGGCAACGCCACUGCCGGGGACCUGCUGGCUGCCUUCGAGCUGCUGCAGAUUGGGCCUGCGGGGAAGGCAGACCUGCCACCCAUCAACGGCCCGGGGGACAUGGACCGAGGUCCCAUCAUGCCUGUGCCCGUCGGCAUCCGGCCCGUGCUCAGCAAAUACCGAAUCGAGGUGUGUGAGGGCUCCGUCGGGGUCCUCCUGUCCCUGCCCUGGACAGACAUCGAGUGUGCGGGGAAGGGGGUGCAGUCGUCCCUGAUCCACAAUUACAAGAAGAACCCCAACUUCAACACCCUCGUCAAGUGGUUUGAAGUGGUGGGCAGGCUCCCUCGGGGUCGCCGUGUGCUGUGCGAUGGCGGUCCCUCCUCUCACCCCCCAGGGGAGGUCGUGGUAAACAUGGAGCCAGAGGUGCCUGUCCAGAAGCUGGAGACCAUGGUGAAGCUGGACGCGACUUCUGAUGCCGUCAUCAAGGUGGAUGUGGCUGACGAGGAGAAAGAGAAGAAGAAAAAGAAGAAAAAGGGCAGCUCAGAAGAGCCAGAGGAGGAGGAGCCCGAUGAGAGCAUGCUGGACUGGUGGUCCAAGUACUUUGCCUCCAUCGAUACCAUGAAGGAGCAACUUCGACAGCAAGAGGCCUCCGGCAUUGACUUGGAGGAGAAGGAGGAGGUGGAGAACACGGAGGGCCUAAAGGGGCCGAUGAAGGGCAAGGAGAAGGCAAAGGCGGCAAAGGAGGAGAAGAAAAAGAGAACCCAGAGCCCCGGCACUGGCCAGGGGCCUGAGGCCCCAGAGAAGAAGAAACCCAAGAUUGAUGAGCUUAAGGUGUACCCCAAGGAGCUGGAGUCUGAGUUUGACAACUUUGAGGACUGGCUGCACACUUUCAAUCUGCUGCGGGGCAAGACGGGGGAUGACGAGGACAGUUCCACGGAGGAGGAGCGCAUCGUGGGCCGGUUCAAGGGCUCCCUCUGCGUGUAUAAAGUGCCACUCCCAGAGGACGUGUCCCGGGAAGCCGGCUACGACCCCACCUACGGCAUGUUCCAGGGCAUCCCCAGCAACGACCCCAUCAAUGUGCUGGUCCGAGUCUAUGUGGUCAGGGCCACGGACCUGCACCCCGCAGACAUUAACGGCAAAGCCGACCCCUACAUUGCCAUCCGGCUGGGCAAAACUGACAUCCGAGACAAGGAGAACUACAUCUCCAAGCAGCUCAACCCUGUCUUUGGGAAGUCCUUUGACAUCGAGGCCUCCUUCCCCAUGGAAUCCAUGCUGACAGUGGCCGUGUACGACUGGGAUCUGGUAGGCACUGAUGACCUCAUCGGGGAAACCAAGAUUGACCUGGAGAACCGCUUCUACAGCAAACACCGGGCCACCUGUGGCAUCGCCCAGACCUACUCCAUACAUGGCUACAAUAUCUGGCGGGACCCCAUGAAGCCCAGCCAGAUUCUGACCCGCCUCUGCAAGGAGGGCAAAGUGGACGGCCCCCACUUUGGGCCCCCCGGGAGAGUGAAGGUGUCCAACCGUGUCUUCACUGGGCCCUCUGAGAUCGAGGACGAGAAUGGUCAGAGGAAGCCUACGGAAGAGCAUGUGGCUCUAUCUGCCCUGAGGCACUGGGAGGACAUCCCCCGCGUGGGCUGCCGCCUGGUGCCUGAACACGUGGAAACCCGGCCCCUGCUCAACCCUGACAAGCCGGGCAUCGAGCAGGGCCGCCUGGAGCUGUGGGUGGACAUGUUCCCCAUGGACAUGCCGGCCCCUGGGACGCCUCUGGACAUCUCCCCCCGGAAGCCCAAGAAGUAUGAGCUCCGGGUCAUCGUGUGGAACACAGACGAGGUGGUCCUGGAGGACGAUGACUUCUUUACUGGGGAGAAGUCCAGCGACAUUUUUGUGCGGGGGUGGCUGAAGGGCCAGCAGGAGGACAAGCAGGACACGGACGUCCACUAUCAUUCCCUCACCGGCGAAGGCAACUUCAACUGGCGCUACCUGUUCCCCUUCGACUACCUGGCCGCUGAGGAAAGGAUCGUCAUCUCCAAGAAGGAGUCCAUGUUCUCCUGGGACGAGACCGAGUACAAGAUCCCCGCGCGGCUCACCCUGCAGAUCUGGGACGCGGACCACUUCUCCGCGGACGACUUCCUGGGGGCCAUCGAGCUGGACCUCAACCGCUUUCCCCGGGGCGCCAAGACAGCCAAGCAGUGCACCAUGGAGAUGGCCACGGGGGAGGUGGACGUGCCCCUGGUUUCCAUCUUCAAGCAGAAGCGCGUCAAAGGCUGGUGGCCCCUUCUGGCCCGCAAUGAGAACGAUGAGUUCGAGCUCACGGGCAAGGUGGAGGCAGAAUUGCAUCUACUGACAGCGGAGGAGGCAGAGAAGAAUCCGGUGGGCCUAGCCCGCAAUGAACCUGACCCUCUAGAGAAACCCAACCGGCCUGACACCGCCUUCGUCUGGUUCCUCAACCCCCUCAAGUCCAUCAAGUACCUCAUCUGCACGCGGUACAAGUGGCUCAUCAUCAAGAUCGUGCUGGCGCUGCUGGGGCUGCUCAUGCUGGCCCUCUUCCUCUACAGCCUCCCUGGCUACAUGGUCAAGAAGCUCCUGGGGGCGUGA